GUGUCGAGUACGGACCGGAAACACCGGUCGGCCCGCUCUCGUGCUCAGAGGCCUCGCCAGCGUUGGGCCACAUGUGUCUCGCGUAUAUCGUUUUCCCGUGGAAAGAGCUACGCCGAAAAUGCGCCGCGUUUACGUAAUCCGCGGUAACGCGAUGCCACGCCGGUGCUGGUAAAAAGACCAACCGCGCGGUGGGUGUACACGAGUGCGGGAAGUUCCGUCUCGCGAUCCGCGUGUCGUCGCGCGAGAGAGAGUGCGCGGUGCGUGCGUGCGUGCGUGUGUGUGCUCCGUCUCUCGCGCGGAGUUUUUAACAACGCGCUGCGGGCAAAGUAGUCGUCCCCUUGCCGGGAGAGAAGGUGGGUAGAAAAGGACGAAGAGAGGCGGAAUCGUAACCGCUCUCGCUAGCGUGAGCCGGGCCGCGCGCGUAUGGUGCACGUUCCGCGUCGCCCCUCGACAGCGUUCGUCCGGAGCUGGGGAGCGACAACAGCGGCAGCAGCAGUAGCAGCGGUAACAACCGCUCCUCGGUGAUCUACGAUUCCACGGCGCCGACGUUCGGGCUUCCGUCCGGUGUGCGCGGAGGGUAUAUAAAGCGUGGACCAAUCGCGGCGAAAGCGCCGAGUCAGCGCGCCGGAGCGUCGCACCCUAACCCCCGCGGGAUCCGAGCACGAGGUCGCGUGCGCGCGCGCGCGCGCGCUCGUCUCGCCUCGCCUCGCCUCCGCGCAAUUGCGUUGCCGGCGACCGGGUGACGACGUGGGUGUCGCGCGCCGGGACGUGCACGCGGCGCACGUAGGCGCCCACAUCUGCUUUGUUCGCGCGACCGCGUGGCGUGCGCGCGUGCGUGCGUGAGGAAACUGCCCAGUGCCCAUUCGUCUCCGCGAGUGCCGGCUCGCGGUGUCGCGUCUCCUUUGUUGCGCCCGACGCACCGCGAAGGACCGAGGACUCCCCCUCCUUCCCCUAGGAUGAGGCGCGGGGAUGCGCGCGCUAGGUUAUAGUUCGCCAGCUCUCCCGUGAAGAAUCCUCCGCGAGAGUCAUCGUCGGCGGCCGUGAUCGGCGUGAUCGCGAGAGUUCCUUCCCCCUCCUUCCUCUUAACCGGUGAGUGAAGGAGACAGAGAAAGAGAGAGAGAGAGAGAGAAAAAGAGAAGAAUCAUCGCGGAAGAGGGAGAGAAGAAGAGAGGAAGAGGAGAGUCUCCGCGAGUGUCGCCGACGACAGCGACGAAUUCGGCGGACACGGUGGACCUCGUGCCGCGGACCUCGUGCUUUUUGCCCCGUGACGGCGUGCGCCGCGAGAUGGCGGCCAAGUUAGCCAGCCAGGGUGGCGCUCGCGGCAGCGGCGAGCGGCAGGAGGCGGGGCCCUGCCAGUCCUACGCCAGUGUCCUGAAUCCGAAAGGUGCCUCGCAGAGCCGCGCGAGCUCGUUCAAGAGCAACAAUAAGGAGAACAUUGACGAUCAAGUGACAGUGUCGCAGCAGCACCAGCAGCAACAGCAACAGCAGCAGCAGCACCACCAGCAGCAACAACAUACGCAUCAGCCAACGACAAAUGCGAGGGAGAGAUUAGCGCCGAGUGGAAAGGGCGGCAAGUCCUACCAGAGGGUAACCCGGUGCCCUCAGGCUGCCUCGGAGAGCAUGCCGUCGGUCGCGCAGGUCGGCGCCGUUCUCGAGGCGUCGGCGUCGGCGUCGCGCGGGGAUGACGGCCGGCCCGACUCCAACCGGCUGAUCAACCCCGUCGGCAACGGGGACGGCGAGUUCCAGACGGUCGCCACGAAGGGCGCCCGUCGCAAGGAGAAGAUGAUGCGCGAGCACCAUCGCGACAGCCAGCACCGGGAGCGUCACCGGCUGCGCGAGAACAACAACCGCCAUCAUCAGCCAGCACCACCACGUGGUGGUGCCAGUGGCGUCGGGGGCGGAGGCGCCGUUAGACGCGGCAGCGACGAGAGAUCGUCGCACAGAGAGCGCGCCGACCGCAAUGGCGUCCCCGGCGACGGCUACGGCCUGAAGGAGGCACAUCAUCAUCACCACCAUCAUCAUCACCACAAGCAGGACGAGCAGAGUGUCGGAGAGUCGGAGGUGCUGUCGGCGCCCUUGCCGCCACCGCCGCCGGUCAAGUAUGUCGAGGCGCCUUUACCCGCGGUGAAUCCCUGGACGAGGAACCGGACGUCGUCGGUGCAGCCGGCUGCACCUCAGCAGCAGCCCGCGACCAAGACCCUGCAGCCACAGCCGCAACCGCAACCGCAGCAGCAGCCACCCUCCGAUAUCCCCGUGACAUCCGACAAACCGACGGAAAGGGAGAGGAGAGUGCUGCAGCCGCAACAGCAGCAGCAACAGCAACAGCAGGGCGCAACCUUGGAAAAUGGCGUCGAGAAUGGUGGCCAGCCUACAAUUGUCAGAGCUCCUAGGGAUAAAAGGAAAAUUAAUCAAAACGCGAGCGAUUUUACGAACAUUGGAGACUGGCCUACUUUAGGAACGCAAGUAGAGAGAAAAGCAAUCAUAUCUCCUCCAAAGCAAAAUGGUGUGUUGAAUGGUGAGCCAAGUACUUCUAAGGCGUCUAACACUGUCGAAAGCAAAAGCAAAGAAAACAAGGAGCAGAUUAGCUAUCAAGAUGAUAGCGACGAGCACAUGGAUAAUAGUGAAAAGAAAAAGAAAGCGAAUAAACAAAAAUGGGUUCCGCUUGAAAUUGAUUUGGCACAAAAUCGUGGGACCAUGCGAUCGCCGAGAUUUCAAAAUCACAGAGAAAGAAAUGGCGAAGCGAAUGAUGGUGAGCACUGGCGUGAAAGGGACGAUAGAUCAACGGGAUACAAUUCGCGAGGACGCGGUGGAAGAAAUUACCGCGGUAGAGGACGGGGCGGACGCGGUCGUGGUGGCUUUAGACAUCGAUACGAUCAUGAGUACUCAAAUUAUGCGGCGGACUGUAUACAGACCCAUAAAUACGAACCGGAUUCCGGUGCAUAUAUGAUUACACCUUACAUGGGAACAUGCUAUUUUAAUAAUGCAAAUUACAUAGAUCCUACAACAUUAAAAGAAUAUAUACGAAAACAAAUAGAAUAUUACUUUUCUGAAGAAAAUCUUGUGAAAGACUUCUUUCUACGUCGUAAAAUGAAUGCUGAAGGAUUUUUGCCUCUCAAUUUAAUUGCAUCUUUUCAACGUGUAUUAAAUUUAACGACAGAUUUAGAUUUGGUGAUAGAGGCAGUUUCAGAAUCUGAUAGACUAGAGCUGAUGGAAUUAGAAGAUGGUUCUAAACAGAUUAGGACAAGUUUCGAGCCAUUAAAAUGGCCUCUUUCGGACAUAGCCAAUAAUAUUACCUUUUCAAAUCUCAUGCAACAGUCUGUUCCACCUCAAAACGAAGUAAUUCCUACCUCUGAAACUAUAUUUUGUCCCGUCGCAAAACCUUUAUCUACAAUGCCUGCUCCCCCAGUUCCUCGUGUGUUUGAAUCUUACCAUUCCAUUUCGACAGUAAGAAGACAUAGCGAAUCAGAGAUAAAUUCUUUGGCAAAUGAGAUUCUAAAUCCCGAUGUGCCAGAAUUUGUGCCGACAACGGAAAGGGCUAAUGGAGUUACAGCUACAAAUAAAAACAAUCAAACGAAGAACAAAUUUCACUUUGAAAAGAUAAAGGAAACAUUAGCUAUUGCAGAAAAAUAUCUGCUUUCUCCUGAGAAUGAUCCUCCUACGAAGAUAAAAGAAGACAACAAAUUACUUACCACAACAGAUAUUCACACUUCAGACAGUUUAUCAGAACGAAUGAACGGAGAAUCGGAUUCAUCGAGCGAUAAUGCUUGGAAAGAGGUGAGAAGAAGAGUGAAGCAACCACACAAAGAUAGAUCGGAAGAUAAAGAGAAAUCUGAAGCCAUAAAAAAUGCAGUACGAGAGGAACUGCAUUUUCAGUUUGACGAGGAAUUCGAUUCGCCGCCACCUACUGGUCGACAUAAUGCCUUUUCGGAAUGGUCUGAAGAUGAGGAUGACAAUGAACUGUCGGACAGAGAUAUUAAUAAACUAUUAAUAUUUACACAAACUUGUGCCACGUCAACUAGAAUCCCAAAACAUGAAGGCUAUGAUAGAACAGGAGAUUGGAUUACGAGAACAAAAAUGACUCAAGACUUGGUACAACUUAUCAAUGAUGGAUUAUAUUAUUACGAAGAAGAAUUACGACGAAAACAUGGCUCUUCUUCGUCUAUUGGGAGCUACAAAACGGUUAAUAUGAUUAGCCAAGAAGAUUUCGAAAAAAUGGCACCAAAAGCGCCAAAAAAAGCAAAUCCAGAGGUUCCGCCACCACCUCCUGCCAUAGAAGAUUUAGAAAUUUCGCAGUCGAUUUCGUCGUCACAGUUUCCAAGCACGAGUCCAGAGAAAAAGGAUUACAGAUCAGAAAAGAAUCGUUGGAGUGAUAAAUUAUAUCCGAAAGAAGCACGGGGAAAUACUGCUCCUCGUUUCUUUGCUGUUGUGAAAGACAGACCAUCUGUAGAUCCGAGAACGCCAAGAAAAAGAAAAACUCGUCACAGUAAUAAUCCUCCAGUGGAGCACCAUAUUGGUUGGAUUAUGGACGUUCGAGAGCAUCGUCCCCGAACAUAUUCCACGGGGAGUAGCGCAGGUACAAGUCCCAAUGAAGGUUAUCUUGCUAACAGUUACGGCAGCGUUCCUAGUGUUUACGAGCACCCGAGUCACGCUUUGUUAAAGGAUAAUGGGUUUACUCAACAAGCAUAUCACAAAUAUCGUUCUCGUUGCUUGAAAGAACGCUCAAGAUUAGGUAUCGGACAAUCGCAAGAGAUGAACACUCUUUUCCGUUUCUGGUCGUUUUUCUUGCGAGAAAACUUCAAUCGUACUAUGUACGAAGAAUUCAGGACUGUAGCCAAAGAGGAUGCCUGUGCAGGAUACCGAUACGGAUUAGAGUGCCUUUUCAGAUUUUAUAGUUAUGGCUUGGAGAAAAAGUUUAAACAUACGCUGUAUACAGAUUUUGAAACAGAAACGAUGCAAGAUUAUGAAAGCGGACAGCUCUAUGGACUGGAAAAAUUCUGGGCAUUUUUGAAGUAUUAUAAGAAUUCUAAUAAGCUUCGUGUAGAUUCUAAAUUGCAAGAGUACCUAUCAAAAUUUAAGAAUAUUGAAGACUUCAGAGUUGUAGAACCUCAAAUAAAAGAGAUGCUUCAAACCGCAAGAUUACGUAAUAGAAGUGUUUCCGAAAGCGCUACAGAAGAGUCACAUACAUGCAGCUACUUACUCACAGACGACUAUAAUACACUGCCAAACGCGCAAGAGUCGCAUUUAUCGCAGUUUCGAAGUAGGGCCGGUUCCUUCGGCUCUAAAUCGUAUCAUUCGCGACGACGGAAUGAUUCCUUGUCGUCUAGCAGCCAGCGAGAUCUCAACAAGCAACAGCUUCGAAAUAGACAGAGCACUGGUUUCUUUGCGAAGCCUUUUGAGACGAGCAAAUCACAAAUCACUGCCAGAGAUCGAACUCAAACCAGCUUCAAGUCUGAAGCAAACAAAUCCGUCACGAUUAAAGCAGAUGGUUCAUCUGCCUCCCAAAAAUAAAGUCGGCAACGCGAGAAAAGUGCGCUAAUUUCGAAUAUUUCUGUAAAAGUGACAGAAAUGAUUGAAUCGCCCUCAGGAUGAAAUGGCGAUAGUAUUUUCGAUAAUGCAUAUUAUUGAACAGUAGAACGUCGUAAUUGGGAAAUGAAAAAUGGAAUUCGUAUAUCCAGUCCUAUUCAUGUGAUUUUGAAGAUUGUUGCUAUGGAGUAUGCAAAAGAGGUAAAUUGCUAAUAGACUUAGAUUCGUGAUUUAGUGUUUAAGAUUAUAUCGGUCGAUAUUUAAACCCCUAUAACGUGUUGUGAAAGAUAUUUUCACUGGCUUCUCAUAUUUACGAUGUUUAAUUAUUUUACAAUAUAUAGAGUUGAAGAUAGAAAGAUAAUGAGAAUGUAUGCGUGUAUAUACAUGGAACAGUUUAAUGAUGUGGCUGUAUGUAUCUUAGUUCUUUCAGUCACGCUUUUAUUUCAUUUAUCUUGCAGUGACGAGCAAGCGAACAGUAUCGUACUGCGUGAAGAUAUAGUUGUAAGAUACUGUUUGUUCAAGCAAGUGUCUGAUGUACAAAAAGAUGAAGUGCUACCUUUAUCAAAAAGACAGCAUAAAGACUAUAAAUAUGUAUGUAAUAGAUAAGCGCCUAAAUAUUAUACACUUGACUACUUUGUAAAUUCAGAGAUUAAUCAUAUAAUUCAUAAAUACUUAGUUAUGUAGAUAUACCUAUGUAAUGAUUGUUGAAGUUGUGCCGUCUUUUCUGAUUAUCAAAAUUCUCUAAAUUUUAAUUUUUCUGCGAGUAUUUGACUUUUUUUUAUAAGGAUGCCUUUUUGUUUUUUUCUUUUUUAACAGAAAUGUUUUAUAAGAGACACAUAUAUUCUUUAUAUCAUUGAAAUAUAUCAAUAAUAUUUACUUAUUCUCUAAGCAGUAGCAAUUAAAAGUUACACCCCGAGCUUCUAUUUUAAGACUCAACGUAAUUGCGCAAUGUACUUCCAUGUAAUAUUGUUUGUUUUUUUUUUUACAUAUUAACUUUGCUAUAUUUAUUUUUCAUAAAAAUAAACUAAAAACAUCCGCAUGAACAUUACAACACAGUACGUGAGAAAAGUCAACGUUGUUUCAUUAAUUAAAUUGUUCAGAUUUCUCGAUUUCAAAUCGUCUUUGGAAUGGUUUUUAAUAGAAAUCACUUUAUAAAUUCUUAUAUUACCUACGAAUAUACUAUUUGCACUAAUCGAGUUUGCAUAUACAUAUGUUUAUACAUAUGCUGUCUAUGCAAUAAUUAUAUAUGAAUGUUUCGAUGAAAUGAAAGCGUUACGAAGAUUGAUAUCAUAUUAUAUCAUAUUUAUUUUGCAUCAUGAGACAGCUGAGAUAAAAGUUCAUAGAGUUAUUUGUAAAUAGAGAAUUGAUACGCACUUCGGCCGUUUUUAUCAAUCAAAACGAAUUUAUAAAAUGUAGCGAUGGUUGUUCUUUAUUCCUUAAGCGAAUAAGAUGGUCGAUCACGUUAGGCUGUUUGUAAAAUGCAUAUUUGAAGGAUGAUGAGAAAUAAUUUUGCGCAAACGUGCGGGAAACUGCUUACGUUUGUAUCCUAUAAAAUGUCGUCCUGAGCAUACUAGUCACGCAUCGAGCCGACGUACUGUAUCCCGCAUUGUUUACAUGAUUUAUACAAGAGAAAAAAUCAAGAUAGAUGAUACAAUUAUCACAAUACUAAGCAAUAACGCUUGAGUAAACGGUAGUAAUGUUGAUUAGAAAGAUGUACUAGGAAAAAAAAGAUUACAGAUUUUAAACGUUUUCGAACGCAAGAACGGCUGUAAUCUUUGUCGUUGCUUUGAUUUUUUUCGUUAACCAAUAUGUUAUUUGUUACAUGAAAAUAGAUUUACAUAUUAAUAUACAUUUUAAAUAACCCGUGUAAUAUCACACAUGACGAUACACUACGGCCGAAUAUUUCAAUCGUUCGAAAACAGCGCACGCAAAAUGUCUUUUAAAACGUCUGAGUUGCACAAUAUCGACAUUAGCACAAUCUCGAGAUCGAAUAGAAAAUGGGAAUGGAGUUUGCGUAACGUUAGUUGAAACAAUAGACAGGCAAUAAAGCGCAAGAUUGUCUGAGUUCGAUACAAAUGCAUUCUCGUGCAAUCUUUGGGUUUUUUCCGUCUUUUUUCGUCUUCCCAUUGUUACUCCAACGAAAUUUUUUUCGCUAUUUAGAGACAGGAUAUAAUCCAAAAAUUGAAAUUUUACGAAGACGAAAUUUGGCUUCGUAAUGUCGAUCGAGAUUACAAUUAACGUAUUGAUAUAUUACGGACGACACACGCGUUGAUAGUAACAAAAGUUAAACGCUACAAUAUCACUUGUUAAUUUUUUAUUUGGUUAUAAUGAUUAAGAAAUUAAACGGCAGAAAAUAAAGUGCGUCUUACUCCUAAGAGAGUAACGUUUACUCUUUAUAUUAAUUAAAAAAAAGAAAGUAACAUGUUACUUCCAUACAGUUAUAUUGAAAGCUGACAAUGAUUCUUAAAUGGGACGACAAUCGAAGGUCCCGCGUCUGUUCGAGAACGACGUUUUAUCUCCGGCAAGGAGGACCGCGAUAUCGUGCUGUUCGAUUUACAGGCAAAAAUAAAUCAUCAGUGUGAUCAAUGUUACAUCUCCUUUCACUUCACAUUGAUAUACUUCGGAUUUACAACGAAAUACGUUAAUGUUUUUCAAGUUACCACAAAGAAUCGAGAAUAUAAAUUAGAAAAGUGAAGACGAAGGAAAACGCUUUUCCCAAACAAAGGGAAAAAAAAGAUGUAGGAUCAUCGAACAGACGAAAGAUAGUUGUUAGCACAAAUAGUUUCCUAUCAAUUUAUCAGUCGCGAUAUAGUAAUAGAUAUGUACAGAUGACGAGUGCCAGGCGAGAACAGAUAAUAAGAAUAAUCGAAACUACGUGCUCAUUAAUUGUUGUAAAUACUUUCAUAGUUCGACUUUAGCGAUUUAGAUGUACCUGUAGGUUUUUAAGCCAGUGACUGUAGGGUUAAGUUAUAUAUGUAAGUCUUUAUAUAGCGUACGAGAUAAGAUCUUAGUUCGAUAAGUUUAUAAGUUACAUAUACGAUCGGCUUACAUGUUAUUACAGGCUUGUUUCUCGUGGCGUGCUUUGGCCAUUCGUUAAAUACGGGAGGAGAAUAUGGAAAUGAGUUCCGAGAUUUAAAAAACAUGUCAAUAUUGAUGAAGAAAAAAAGAUUCCGACAAAGUACUCGGUGCCAAUUUUUCUCAUUGUAAUGCACCAUUUCGCAUGUAAUAUAUGCUACGCUAUUGUGCAACGUUGUUUCGCCCCUUUCCCCUUUUUUGCAGAAGAGAGACAAAUGUAACAUAAUGUACAUAGUUUUUAUCCAAAGUUGAUAAAAGCCACGCCACGAGAUCGACCCCGAAAUGUAAAAAAAGAUUAUACAUAUACAUAUUAUAUAUAUUAUAUAUAUAUAUAGAUAUAUAUUUCAUAUAAAUAUAUAUAUAUUUAUAUGAAAUAUAAAUUUUUACAUUGUUACUUAUAUACUGCUAAUAAAUCUUAAUUUUACAUUUAAGGCUUAUAUGGCUAAAAUACGGGUGGGGUUUUCUUUUGCUAAUUUUUAACUCUAAAAAAAUGUAUAAAAAAUAUUUCAUAUAAAGAUUAUAUACAUACACUAUAUUAGAUUGCAAGAGAUAAUUAUGUAUCGAUUUACGCGAAAUGUGAUGCGUUUUGAGGAGGGACUACUUAUAUUAAUAUUUUCUUCGGAUCAUCGAUUCGCUGAACCUUUCUUAUUUAGCCUUCUCAAGGUCUCUAUCUCGGAUUUAGAUCUGUCACUUUGAUUCUGUAUCUUUAUCUCAUCCUUUUUUUUUCUUUUUUCGCUUCUUUCAACAAUCUGACUAAACUCGCUCAUAUCGCUCUAAUGAGAUGAUCAUUAGGAUUCCUUUUCAGAUAAUACACGACAUACAGAUAUAAUUAUAUUUAUAACGUUACCAUUUUGUAAUAGUGCCAUUUUUAUAUACUUUGAUACGUAGCUCUCGCGUUUCUUAAUUAGUAAACACGUUGGUGAAAAAGAAGGAAAACAAAUUAGCGCGUCGACUUGGAAGAGGCAGAAUUUGUUAGUGAGAUCCCUCCUUAAACGAGCACAGGAAUGUAUGAUUUUACUUGAGAGGCAUCCUCGGCGGUGAAGAAAGACGAGCGCAAAAUUCAUUAUUCAUCACAGACGAAUCCGCGCGUUUUUUGCCCUCGGACAUCGAUCAGUCGUCAAUCGCGAUCCGAUCUCAAAGAAAUAACGACGUUAAUUAUGAUACGCGAUGUUGUCUAUAUACGAAUACGUUAAUACGUCCUAGUAAUCAUAUUCGUAAUACUUCGUUAAUUCGUCCUAGUAAUCAUAUAUUACUUGUCACUUUAUCUCGUAGUCUUUCGUUACGACUUAUAGAUACGACGAAAUCAGCUCGUACCGUUCGCUUCAUCAACUUUCCCCCUAUCUUACGCGUUUAGUCAGUCGAGUCCCCACAAUUAAUGUCGAGAUCGCGUUUGUGCGAAAUUGUUCUUAAAAUAAAAAAGUCUAGUCGCUUUAAUCGAUCGCUGGCGGAGCCCCUCCCGGUAUCUCUCUCGUGUCAUCGCCUAUCGAUUUGAGUACUUUCGGAGAUUUCGUUCGGAAUCUAACUUCGCAGAAUAUGUCGUACGGAUGAAUCCUAUCACCGACCUGCGAUACAAGAUACCGGGCAGAGAAAACUUUCUUCCGGGCCGCAUUUCCGUUCGCGUACAAUAGUGCCUUCGAGAAGAACUUAAACUUGAACUUCCGGACUGUUAAUAAUAAAAAAAAAGUCGCAUUACUCAUGCAUUUCCAGACGAUGCACAAUAAAAGGGAAGAAACCGGAGUAGAAAGAAAGAAACACGAAUAAAAUAGCGCCGCGAAUUUAAGUAGGAAUAACGUUUAGAGGAUCGCUAGGGAGAGAACUCUUGUAGCAAGCCGGUCGGGAUGCGAAGGCGGGGAGACCGACGAUAAGCUAAGGAUAAACUACCAAGUCCAAGCCUUUCGUUGAAGAUAUAACCACAUAUUUUUUCAAAUUCCGAGAAAAAGAAAACUAGGAGCCGCCUGGAUCGGCGGGAGCCUCGGGAGAUCCUCGGAGUCGAGGAUGGGAGACACCGGAGCCCCGACGUACCACCAGUCCACGUGGCUUCGCAGAACGUGCUAAGCGCAUCGCGCGUCGAUUGUAAAUAAAUAAAAAAAACAACAAAAAAGAUACAUAUAUAUAUAUAGAUAUAUAGAUAUACACCUACGCUUAUACACACAAAGAGUAAACUGCAAAAACGAAAGCCGGCUUAGGGACUCUGGGGAGAGAAAGAGAGAGAGAGAUUGAUAAUAUUCGUAAUCGGUGCGCGAGGGUCUCGAAAGGGGCCACGGGGAUGAGUGAUAAUGUGCUGCGUAUAAUGCGCGUGUAGGAUGGCUUUUGCGAAUGCGGGCGCGUAGUUGUAACGUUUGUGAAUACAUAAAAUAAAACGACCAAAAAACCGAA